GUCGGUACGCAUUUGGAAAGGUUCACACAAAUUUUAAAAUGGAUCAGCUACCUGCAAGAGAUGAUAUUCCGUAUUCUUAUUCGAGACCAGACCUCGUUGCUGUGACUCACACUCGCUUAAAAUUAACCGUGAAUUUCGAACGUCAUGUUCUUGAAGGCAGGGCAAUAUUGUCAAUACUGAAGAAACCGUCGACGUGUAACGAUUGUAACGAACUAGUUUUAGAUAACUACAAACUUAAAAUAGGUGACGUGACAGACUAUUCUACUGGAGAAAUUCUAAGGAAAACUAUUGGUAAUCAUGAUAAAAACUUCGGCAGUCAGUUCACCAUUACUCUACCAAGCGUGGCUAGUGCAGUCGGUACAUCAAGAGGCAAAAGGAAGAAACUUAGUAAUAGUAAUAUAUUUCAAAUUAAGAUUAAAUACGAAACACAUCCAGAAUCUCCUGCACUGCAUUGGCUAAAACGUUAUCAAACUUCCGAUGGUAUAAAUCCCCUCUUGAUAUCUAACACCAAGCUUACAUAUGCUAGAGCUAUAUUUCCCUGUCAAGAUACACCAUCAAAUAGAAUCACAUUCUAUUUUGAGAUUACUGUACCAAAAAAUUUUAACGUUAUGAUGCCUGGGUUAAGAGAAAAGGUUAAGAGAAAGGGUGGAGCUGUAAAAAAUAACCAAGAUAAAUACAGUUUUUCUUUUGGCACGCUAUAUGACACGACUCAACCCCAUAAAGGCCGUAUACCACCGUAUGCGAUACAUAUUAUAGUAGGUUGCCUAAGAAGUUUGCACGGAAGUCGCGAAGAAGUACCUAGACCUAUGUAUCUAGAAAUUUGGCAUGCUAAAGAGAAAUCUUGUGAGCGGUGUAUACCAUUUCUUGAUAAAAUUGUGGACAUCGUGUAUAAAAUCAAAGAGUCGUAUGGUUUCUUGGGUGAAUUUGUUAAUGUAUGUGUGCUUCCACCAAAUGUGCCGGAAUUCGAUAUGCAAUAUCCUUAUAUGACAUUUGUGUCAUCAAGUUUACUUGAAGGAGAUCAGUAUUCUAUAAUCGAUACAAUUGUUCAAAACAUCAUUGAAAGCUGGAUAGGAAGGACAGUUGCGAUUGACAAUUUUAAAGACUUGUGGUUGAUUAAAGGCCUUAGUACAUUCAUUUAUAGAAAUCCUAUAAAUGAUGAAAUAAUCGACAACGAAAGGAAAUUUCGCAACGAUCUAAAAAUAAAAGGCAUUAACAAUCUGCUAAGUAUGCCGGAGUUAUAUUCGCACUCUUUAGUACCUAUUUUUACGAAAGAAUUUCUGCCUAUAAAUAUUAUCAAGUACGUGUCGGAAAAAGGGUGUAUAUUUUUGAAUUACUUAGAAAAUAAGUUAGGUGGCCCCAAAGAUUUCACAUGUUUUCUUGUACAUAUUUUAUUGCCAUUUUAUGAGAAAACUGAACACGAUGAAAACCGUGCAAUCCUAACGACUGAUCGUUUUAAGAUUCUUCUGAAUGUAUAUUUUUUCCUUAUAGCAAAAGAUGAGCUGUCAAAUUCUGUAGAUUGGGAUGGAUGGUUAUAUAGAACAGGUGUCCCAGCUUCUCAGUCCGAUUCCAUGACCAUAAGGAAAACUUAUUGGCAAGAUCAAGCAGACCAGUGGAUCUUACAAGAAACAACAGCGUCUUUUGAUACGAUUAGAAAAUUGGGACAGUCUAAUAAUCUCGUUAUAAUAGAAUUUUUAACCUAUUUACUUGCAUUGCCCAAUACGGUUCUGACGGAAGACAAGUUACGAAUGCUAAGACUUGCGUUUCUGCGUGACCAGAAUGUUUGUGAAAUAAG